AGAAAUUAUAAUUUUUAAAAAUUAAAUAAAAUUAAUUUAAAUUUUUAAAAAUGGAACCAGGAUUAUUAACAAGAGUUUUAUCUGAUUUUUUAACAACUAUUGAUGGAGAAUUAAGUUUACACAAAGGAGAAUAUUUUUUGAUAUAUAGUAUCAUAGAUAGACAUUGGUGUUAUGGAGAAUCUCGAGGCAGAACUGGAAAGUUUCCUUCGAAUCAUUUACAUAAAGUAGAAAUUCCAUCUUUACAUGACUCAGAAACUUUGUUUAUAUCAAUUACUGCCUUUCCAGGACAACAAGAUGGAGAUUUAUGUUUUUCUCAAGGAGAAAUGAUCAUAGGAUUACAAAGUGUUGGAUCUGGAUGGUAUUUAGGUCAAAUAGAUACUAAAAAGGGUAUUUUUCCUUUAACACAUGUAUGGCAACUUGAUACCAAACUAUUGAAGAAAGCCUUAGAGAAAAAGAUUAUAAGGAAAAAAGCUAGAAUAAAAACUAGUUUAAAAGCUCAACUAGAAGGAGAACUUGAUUUAGUAGAAGGUGAAAUAGUCACUGUUACAGAAAUUCUUGAAGAUGGUUGGUGUUAUGGAAUAACAAAAGAUGGUAAAACGGGAAUGUUUCCAGAAGAUUUUAUAUCUUAUAUAAAUGACAAUGUAGAUCAAUUAGACAUAGCUUCUGCAGCAGAUAAUUCUUCAUCCAUAAAUUAUAAUGAAAGUAUAUAUAGAAAUAUUGAGAUGCCUUCUACAAGUAUAUCUGUUGAAGAACCUGCACCAAAUUAUUAUGAUUUAUUUCCUGAAUUCAAAGCAAUUUCUUCAAAUGUAACAGAAAGUUUAAAAAAUACAAGUAAUUUAAAUGCAGUAGAUGUAAAACCAUAUGCUAUAACUUUAUAUCCAUUUAAUUCUCAAUUUCCAAAUGAACUUAGUUUUGAAGCAGAAGAAGUAGUGCACCUCAUUAAACACAUAGAUUCAGAAUGGAUACAAGGUACAAAAGAUAAUCAAAAUGGCAUUUUUCCUAUAUCUUAUGUUAAUAUUAUAGUAGACUGUAAUGAAACAAAUAAUGAACAAAAUUUGUGUAAUCAAGAAGUAAAUAUAGUACAGUAUAAUGAAUUAAUGCCAGGAACUGAAGCAAAAGUAGAGUAUACUUUUAAAGCUCAAAUGGAUGGAGAUUUAAAUAUUUUUGAAGGUGAUACUGUUAAAGUAAUCAACAUGGCAAAUUCAGAUUGGGUUAAUGUUGAAGAUCACUUUGGUAAAAUUGGUUUAUGUCCAAGAAGUUAUUUAAGUCCAUUAUCUACAGAAUCAUCGGAUGUUAGUACAGAUAUUUUUGAAGAUUUUGUAAUAAUACCAUAUGAAGAAGGAGUUCCUAAAAAAACAGAUGAACAAAAAUCAAAAAGACUUUCAGAACCGCAUAGACCAGCACCACCUGUACCUGCACCAGGUAGAACUCCUUUACAAAAAAAUAUGAUAGAAAACAUUGACAUUUCAAGUAAUAUUAAUCAACAAAUUAAUAUUGCUGAUAAUGAUAAUUUAGAAAUUAAACAAAAAAGGGCAGAUCAAAGACAAAAUGUUAUAUCAGAAUUAGUUCUUACUGAAAAAGAAUAUGUACGUGACUUAAAGUUAACAUAUGAAACAUUUAACUUAUAUAAUCCAAAUCAACUUGAAUCUUUGGGAAUAGAUGUGAUUAUCUUAUUUGGAAAUCUUUAUGAUGUUAUUCAAGUUGCAGAAGAAUUGUUAGAUAUGAUAUUAAAAGCAAUGAAAGGAUGUGAUGAAGAAUUGCAAACUAUUGGCCCUUGCUUUAUAGAAAUGAACGAAAAAUUGAAAGGUGUUUAUGUUAAAUAUUGUGGAAAUCAUGAAGCUGCUCUAGGUUUAUUAAAAAAGUAUGAAAAUAAUGAAGAAAUAAUGAAAAUAUUUAAUAAAGGUAUUGAAACAUUACGAUAUCAAAUAGCUUGUUUUGAUAUGAGUUCCAUUCUUAUAAAACCAGUACAAAGAAUAUUAAAGUAUCCUCUUAUUUUAUAUGAAUUAGUAAAGUGUACUGAGGAUACUCACCCUGAUAAAUAUACAGUUGAGGAAGCAUGGAAAACAAUGACUGCUGUUGCUAGUCAUAUUAAUGAAUAUAAACGUCGAAAAGAUUUAGUAUCAAAAUAUUUAGAUAAUGAUAACACAUUAAUAAGAAAAAUGGCUAAACUUAAUAUGCAUUCUGUAGCAAAAAUGUCUACUAGAUUGAGUACACGAUUAGCUUCAAGUCUAGGAUUAACAAAUAUUGCUAUUGAUCCAGAAUUUGAAGAAUUAGAGAAACAAUUUAGAUCUGUUGAAAAAUGUACUCUACAAUUAUCUAAAGAUGUUGAAAAUUGUCUUACAUAUUUAAGUGAUGAAGCUAUUUCAGGAGAAAUGAUAUCAGAUUUUAUAAUUCAGUAUUAUCAAGGAACAGUAAAUAUCGAAGCAAAGAAACUUAGAGAUAUAAGAUCCAUAAUUUGGUCACAAUUUAUUCAAGACUUAAAAAUAUGUUUAAAAAAUAGAGUUAGUGAACCAGUAAAUUGUUUAGCAACUUUAUUAGAAGGACCUGCUGUGUUAAUAACAAAGACACAUGAUAAAUUAUUGGAUUAUGAUGCUGCUAUUUCUAAAAGUGAAAAAUAUAAAGAAUCAAAAAUUGCACAAGAUGAACUAUCAACAGCAAAAAGUAACUAUGAAGCUUUAACACAUCAAUUAAGAGAAGAAUUACCAAUUGUCAUUGAUGCAGCAACAAAUAUAUUAAUAAAUUGUAUUAGUGCUUUUGCACAUGCUAGAAAACUUUUAUGUGGAAAAAUUACCAAAAGAUAUUUAAAUCUCUGCGAGACUUCGACUCAAUUAACAUCUCAGGAUAUUUUGGAAUCAUUUUUAGUUAAUCAUAAUUUAUUAUGGAAUCAAAUAACUCGUUUUGCAUUUGCUGGAUCAAAUCCACGUGUAGAAGAAGCACAAUCCACUUGGUGCCCACAAAGUGAAAGACAAAGAAUUUCAUUGAAAAAUAAAUAUUUCAAUGAUAAAUUAUAUGUUGUUACAGAAAAUGUACCAAGUACUUCAUCUUUGGAUAUGGGCGCAGCACGUGGAACAUUAGUUGCAGUUAUUAAGAAACAAGAUCCUAUGGGUGAUAAUUCUAGAUGGUUUGUAGAUAAUGGAGUUGCUCAAGGAUUUUUACCUGCUAAAAGUUUGCAACUUCAAAAUAUACCACAAGUUAAACAAAUUACCAAUGAAAUUACAACAUCAAAUAAAUGUAGUAAUACAUCUAUGCCUGAUUUAAUUUGUAUGGAUUCUCCUGAAAAAGAACUCAAAUCUACAUUCCAAUCACAUUUGCAAGAAUUGCUAGAUCUUAAUAUUAAUAAAGAAGUGAAUAAAGAGAUUCAUUGUUAUGGUAAUAUCGAACAAAUUCCUAGAGUCCAGCAAUAUCAAAAUUUAAGCUAUGAGUUUUACUAUGCAGAAUAUGAUUUUUCUAUAAAAAUACCUGGAACAUUAUCUGUCAUUAAAGGACAAGCAUUGAGACUCGUUAGACCUCAUGAUGAGAAAGGAAAUGAUGAAUGGUGGCUUAUGGAGGAUCGUUACGGUAAUAAAGGUUACGUACCUAAAAAUUAUUUACGUGAACCGCCUACAGAGUAAUAGUAAUAAAUAAUAAACUUACAAAUUAUUAUUAAUUUAUAUAUUCAUUUAUAUAUAUAUAUAUAUAUAUAUAUAAAAUUUAUAUAUAUUAAAUUGUUAAUAUUAAUAUUUUUAAAAUACGCAAUUUUUUAUUGUUAAAGUUUUAAUUAAUUUAUUAAAUAAGAAUUAUUCAAAAAAUUA